CCCCGCGGGAACCUUGGGUCGUAGAGCCGCAUAUGACCUCUGCGGCUCGCUGCACCAACUGAGCGAGUUCAACAUCGUGCUCCUAUUCUAUCUCUCUUCCAACACCUUUGUGUCGUGAGCAUGUGUGAAUAGUCGUGGCAAGUACGAACGCAUGUAGCCAGCUCUAGGCAACCUCAUCUCGGACCUCCGCAUCACCUCCGCAUCCAUCGUCGCCCUGGCCACACCACCUAUAGUUGCAGCCAUCAUGCAUGACUUCGAGCGCGUUACCCGCAACGUCGUCCGCACCUUCUACGACCCUCCGCCUACGAACGACUCCAACGAACCCAUAUGGCUGCUGGGCCAACGUUACGACCCCCGUCCUCCGCCAUCCAAGCCUACGCCUACUGACUCCCCAUCCGCCGGGACACCCACGCCCCAGUCCGAGCGCAACGAAGAUGAAAGCUGGAUAAGGACCAGCAUCGAAGAGACAGAGCGCAGAGAAGCUCCAAAUGGCGAGGAUCCGGCACAAUACGGCAACUGGCCCUCUGCCUUCCUCGACGACUUCGAGUCGCGCAUAUGGAUGACCUACCGCUCUGGCUUCACGGCCAUCCAGAAGAGCCAGGAUCCAAAGGCAACAAGCGCCAUGAGUUUUCGCGUGCGCAUGCAGAACCUCGCCUCACCUGGCUUCACAUCGGACACGGGCUUUGGGUGCAUGAUCAGGAGUGGGCAGUGCAUCCUCGCCAACGCGCUGCAGAUACUACGUCUCGGGCGGGACUGGAGAUACCAAGAGAAGCCUGAUGCAAAGGAGCAUCAAGAGAUACUCUCCAUGUUUGCCGACGAUCCGAAAGCGCCCUUUUCUAUCCAUCGCUUCGUCGAGCAUGGCGCUGCUGUAUGCGGAAAGUACCCUGGCGAGUGGUUUGGUCCCUCGGCAGCAGCACGUUGCAUACAAGAUCUAGUGCACAAGAAUAAGGAAGCUGGGCUGAGAGUGUACGUGUCAGGCGAUGGCGCUGAUGUGUAUGAGGACAAGCUGAAGGAGAUCGCCAUGGAGGAUGACGGUGAAUGGCAGCCUACACUAAUCCUAGUCGGCACGAGGUUGGGCAUCGACAAGAUUACACCAGUAUACUGGGAAGCACUGAAGGCGAGCCUGCAGAUGAAGCAGAGUAUUGGUAUUGCAGGUGGCCGACCAUCAGCGUCACACUACUUUGUAGCCACGCAGGCGAACAACUUCUUCUACCUCGACCCCCACAGCACACGCCCACUCCUACCCUACCGCCCUCCUCCAUCGUCCACCGAGAGCGAGGCAGGAGCGUCAUCUUCCACACUAGAAGCCUCAGCAACGUCCACCUCGUCAUCCACGACCAUUGUUCCUUUAUCAAACGCAUCAUAUUCCGCAGAAGAACUCGCAACCUGCCACACACGCCGCAUCCGCCGUCUUCAGAUCCGCGAGAUGGACCCCUCCAUGCUCCUUGCAUUCCUCAUAACAUCGCAGGAAGACUACGAUAACUGGAAAGAAGGCGUCCGCAGCGUGCAAGGUAAGAGCGUGGUUCACGUGCAAGACAAAGAGCCAGCGCCGCGAGGACAGGAAAGAGAGGGUGCUAUUGACGAAGUUGAAAGCUGGGAUGAGGAUGGCUUACAGUAGACUGUAGUCUUCUUGCUUGCUCUCCCUCUCUUGGUGGCGUUCUCUCUUGGGUCUCGCAAUGAUAUCAUACGGGUACAUGCAUGUCUGGAGUUUCGGCAUUGUUGAUAUGGAUUCCUUGGGUUUGGCACAUGUAUAUCCGUAAAUGCCGCGUUUCCAUGUGCAAUCCACGUUCUCUGGUAGUUAUUUGCUCAUGAUGACAGUCCCAAAAAUUGCCAUGCGAAGUCUGUGUCUAUCAUCA